AGAAAAAUAAAAGAUCUUUAAGAUAAAAAUGGUGUCCAAACCUGUGGCCAGCUCAAUGCUUAUGCUGAGGAUAAUUACACUUGCAGCGUCAGUGACAACCGUGGUCUUGAUAGUUACAAACCAUGCCAAAUUUGAUGAUGGUACAAAGUGGAAAUUUCAAGAUUUCACUACAUACAGGUAUGUGGUGGCGGUUGCAGCAAUUGCUGGUUUAUAUUGUAUAGUGCAACUACCGUUUUCUCUAUACUAUGUGGUAAAGCAGAAGAGGUUGAUAAAGAAUGGAUUCUUGCCAGAAUUUGACUUCUAUGGAGACAAGGUAAUUAGUCUGCUUCUGGCAACAGGCAUUGGCGCGGGGUUUGCAGUGUCUUAUGAAUUCAAGAAGUUCUUUGACUCCAUAUUUGACGCUGCGGGUUUUGCAAAGCAUGACCCAACAAGGUCCACAAACGACAAGUUUUACAAUCGGUCAAUCAUCGCUUCUGCUGUUCUCUCUGUUGCAUGCCUCGCCAUGGCUGUCGUUUCAGUCAUCUCCUCCAUCAAUCGAAGCAAAAGCAAAGGCAUUUUUGGAUGAUAUAUAUUUUCUCCACAGCAAACAUCAAUUGAAAGCUUAAUAAACUCAACUCCUAAUAAUACAACCUUGCUAAACUCAUAUUUCGUGUAUUUUGGUCUUCACCUUGCUAUGUUUUUUGGGUGCAUGGACAUGUAAACCAUAUUGUUUUUCUAGUCUUCAGUUGGGUCUGUGUAAUUUAUA